AUGGGUGAAACAUCAAGACUACAUGAAUUGGAGGGCAUAAAAGUUCCUUCUGUCUACUCAGCUGCACGUAAUACCUUAUAUACAAGAUAUACACCAGCUGACUGGAAUAGGGGUAACAUGGUGCAGCUGACAAACUCAGAGCAGGCUAGGAAGAGAGCUGAAUAUAUACGAGAAAAUGGUACACGCUUAGGAAUGGAAGCUGAGGACCGAGUUAGACGUGCACAACAAGAAGUUAGCAAACUUCUUGGUCAAAGAAUUAAUGAUAUUAAUUACAUGAAACAUGAAUUGCACAAUGAGAUAGAUGCACUUGUCAAUGAAAUGAAUAAAUUAAUUGAAUCAAAGAGAAUUGCAGAGAAAGCUUUAGCUGAAACUGAAAAUCCUUUGCAUAUAACACAAGAAUGUUUAUAUCAUCGUGAAAAACGUCAGUCAACUGAUUUAGUACAUGAUCACCCAGAAAUAUCACUUUUAAAGGAAACUGAUUCAAUUAAAAGUUGUCAAGAUCAAAUAAAAGACGUUAUCAAUCGGGCAACGGCGCAACUGGAACUAUGUAGAGCUGUUCAACAUGAACUGGAGCAGGAUUGUUCAGACAAAUUUAGAGCAUUACAGUUGGAUCAGUUAGCUCAUCAACUACGUAAUUCAUCUGCCAAUAUUUCAAUGCAUGGAGAUAUUGAGAAAUUUAAAAAAUGGAUGAGCGUGCCAGAGAAAUGGGCUGAGCAUACAAGUGCUAAUUUAAAGCGUUCUCAAGCUGAACGCGCUACUAGUCAAUCGAUACGUGAAGCAGUUGAACAUUGCCUAGGAUCAACAUUUAGUAAAAUACGUGAAUUAUGGUCUUCAACUAAUGCAAGUCUAUCUCAGCGUAUUCAUGAAACUAUGGAUGCUAAGAAUAGAAUACAAGUUCAGUUAGAAAAAGUUAAUCAAGAGUUAUUCGAUGUUGAAAAGAAUAUGGAAUACUUGAAAAAGUGUAUAGCUGAUAAACAAGCACCUUUGAAAGUGGCUAGAACACGAUUAGAUUUACGUAAUCGACGUCCAAAUAUUGAAUUAUGUCAUGAUGAUCCGCAUGGAAGAUUAUUACUUGAAAUAACAGAAUUACAAGAAUCAGUUGAUCAACUUGUCUGUCAGUUAACCAAUAUACAAUCAGCACAUCAAGAAUUAUUAAGCGUGAAAAGUCAUCUAGAAGUGGAUUUAUCUGUUAAAUUGAAUAGUUUGUAUAUUGAUCGAGAAAAAUGUUUGGAAAUUAUAAGUAAUCGUAAAGCACCGGCAAAACUGUGA